AUGGCGGACCGACAAGGUUCUGAUUCAUCGCAAAAACAUACGCCUUUGCACGGGAUAUCUCUCGCCAACCUUGGUGGGAAUUUGAACUUUGGACCUACUCUUGUGCCAGCUUCCGAUUCUUCCCCAAUUUUGUUGAGAAAUCAAACAACUGCAACACCGACCACCAGUAGAGGUAAUGUGUUUCGGUAUAAGGGUUUUAAACUUUAAGAUUCAAUUUUUCGUUGAUUCAGAUCUAAGUUCAUCGACCUUGCUUUGAAAACAAAAUUGAUCAGAUUGAUGUGUGCAAUUAGAGAUAAUUCUUAUGCUCCACGUGUGUAAUGGCUUGGAAUAUAUUUUCGUGCUCAUGCAAACGGAUGGGAGAUUUUCAGCUUUUAUUAUUCUGUAAUAUGUUGUUGUUUCAUAUGGGAACGAUUACUGAUAGCGUCGCACUUAUUUAUGACGUUUUGAUUUAGACAAGUCUCAUGAAACUAAUUUAAAAUCAUGAUUAUGGUCUAUUUUUUUUUUGGGAUGCUGUAACCCUGCAUCAAUUAUUUCACGGAGGAUUGGUGCCUCUUCUUUUCUUUUGUGGCAGUAGAAGGGGUACAUUUACUUCCUCAGUUGCCCUGAGUGGGGACAUUACUGAAGAGAGUAUUAGUUCCAGGGUCUUUAGUCUUAGACUGAGUAAAAAAUUUUACCAUUUAUUUUUGUCACCUGCUAAAUGAUAAUGACUAUAGAGUUGAUGCAUAUUUUGCAACUUCUCUGGGUCAUGGUGGUCAGUUAAUUUCAAUAGUACCUUUUGUUGUGGUUCUUGUUUUAAGAACAGGAGGUGUAGAUUAUAAGACACACACUGUUUUAUUCAGAUGCAAGAAGAACAUUAAACUAAAACACAUCACACGUGAAUAAUGAUCAAUGCCUAUAUUUUAUAUGUGGUGGCCUUGGUACUAAUAUGAUGACCACGGGCUGGAAAUGGAGGCUAGCCAAUAUCAUGACACCUUUUACAAAAAUUAUUUUCCCCAGCUGUAAGAAACUUAGAUGCAAGAAAGGAUAUGUUUCCUUAUUAAUGUUUUGUUAAGUGUGUCAGUAGCUGGCUUAUAACACCUGGUUUGCCAUCAAGUUGCAUUAGCUGCUCUUAAUUUUGGACCCUAUUGUGUCUUGUGGCAGAUGCUUUGAGGAAAUGAGAUGGUUUCAUUAAAUACAGUAUGAGGGUUUUUUAUUUCAGUGGCAGCACUCUACUUAAGUCUUUGCCCAAAGUCUUUCCUUGAAAUACUAGCUCUCAUUGCACCAUCUAUUAUGAGAAGAGCAACCAGAGCCAAGAAAAAUAAAUGAAGAAUUAUUAUUUGACUCCUGGUAUCCUAGGCCUAUUAUUAGUACAUAUAUGCCUAAUUGUAAUAAACUUGCAGUAGAAAGCUAGUAUUUUUCUUAUGCAUAAUAUUGGUAAAUUCAAUCACUUCAAAACUAGGAUAAUUUUUUGGUAUGGCCAGGCAAUUCUUGAAACAUACAGAAUACUCUUAUGAGGUGUGCACAAAGAUUUCUUUGGGAAUUUGUUAAAUACUUCUGACCAUUAGGUUGAGUCAAGUGUGGUAAAUACAGAGAUCUUCCAGUGUGAUUUGGUUGGAUAUUUCAUUAAUUAGAACACCAAAAGAGGUUUUUAGAAAUGCUUGACAUUUCUAAACAAGAGUUUGAUAUUCUGGAAAAGUUCAAUGAACCCUUUUGGUUGAAAUUUGGAAACAUAGCCACAGCAUAUUUUUAUAUGCUAAUUAAUUGUAUUUAGCUUUUUUCUUUUCUUCUGUUUUUUUCUUCACUUUUUUAUUUCUAUGAUAGGGUUAUUGCAAUUAGAUUUAUGUGUAGAAUGAUGUUAUCCAUUCAUUUGUAGUGUCCUUUCUUUUGCCUUUCACCUAUAGCUACACCAGCCCUGGAGCAUGUUGGUGAAGAGGACAGUUUUCUUGGACAGCAGCCAUCAACACAACAGCAGGCUCCAACACCUUUUCAGUCUGCAGCAUCACAAGUAAAGACCCAAACAUCACCAUUCUUUACUAUGGCAUCUUCUUUCUCAUCUGGUCAUGAUGACUUCCUAUCACCACAAACAUCUACUCAAGGUACAGCUGGUACUUUUUCCAGUCCUCAACUUCCUGUCAGCAAAUCUCCAUACCAGGCUUCACCAGCCAAGGGACCUGGGUCUCAGACUCCUCCAAAAGCAGUAUCUACUCUUCCUCAGUCUUCACCUCCAGUGACAGCCAGUUGGGUCCAGUCUCCAUCUCUACCACCAGCCAAUAAUUUGCCUCAAACUCCCCCUGUUCCUUUUAGCAGUUUACCCCAAUCCCAAUCAUCUACUGCUUGGCCCCAGACUCCACCAACUCCACCAAGUCUGUACCAGUCCUCUUCCUCAUCUUCUGUGCCUCGCCCCUCACCUCAAAUUCCAUAUCAAUACAGCAGCUCUGUGUCUCCUCCUCAAGUACAAGGCGGAAUUACCCCUGUUACACCACCUGCAACAGUUGAACCUGUCAAACCUCAUUGGUUUUAUCAGAAAGGAAAUUCUGCAUGGAAACCUUUCUCAUACAUAGAUUCUGAAAACUUAGAGCAGGCAUUGAAAACUUCUUCAGCUGGUGGUGACCGAAUUGUAGCUACUGAUGGUGGUCGAUAUGAUGUGAACCUUGACAAAAGGCUGCGAUACCCUCUCUACUGGGAGGAGGACGUGUCUGUUGUAAGAAGGUGCACUUGGUUCCACAAAGGAGAUGGAGAGUCUAAACUUGUGCCUUAUAAAGAGGAUAUGGCAGCUAGGCUUGAGGUAUUGUGUUUGUCCAAAUAUAUAUAAGUAGCAUAUAGAUGCUUCAUCUCACUUUAAUGUAAGGCAGGUCUAUCAAUUUGUUCUCACGUAAGUUAGGUAUUAUUGCCGAACUUAUUUUGAACUCAACCCAAGUAAGCUUAAAGAUUGUUACAUGGCAUUUAAAGGGCUCUUUGUCACCCCACUUUCUAAUCAUCACUUCUUGAAAUCUUUGUAGAUACAGCAAUUGUGAAUACUCUUGAAAAACUAUGAGUGCCCUCAUGGGGCAUAAGACAUUUAAUUUGAUAAUAAUUUGUCCCUUCCUCUGUUUGAAAACAUCAAACAACAGGAAAUAUGGCAUUUAAUUUUCUCUUCAGGAUACUUUUUUCAUCUAAUCUAGCAUUCAAAAGUAAGGUGCUUAUACAUGCAAAAUAUCUCUAGAGACCUAGUCCAGAGUGCACCUUUAAUUUUGUUACUUUUUUUCAGGCUGAGUUUCUCCUGGGAUUUCGUGAGGCCAAAUGGCCAUGUAGAGUGGAACUAUCAGAUGGAGAGCAUGUUGUGAUGCAUAAUGCAAAUGUUAUGGUACAUUUUGUACCAAACAAUGAGUCCCAGAACUGGAGUGGUGAGGACACUGUGGCCAGGCCUAAAGUGGUUAGACGAGGGGUGGUAGAUAUUGAGGAUGAAAUCAAUGAUGGUAUGUAAGUGGGUUUAUUGUGUAGAUCCUACCUAAGGGAUGGUUGACUCAAAGUUCUUCUUUAAAGCUGACCAAUAAAAGAGUUAUGUAUACAGGAAUUGUAGUUUUGAUGACCAAUUUUAGCUUUGCAGUUUCCAUUUCUGGAACAGAAAGCCUGCCUUUGCUACAUUUCUUAGAACUAAUGUAAAGGUUUAAUUGAGUAUUUAGAAAUAUGUGCACCUUUGAAACUUGUAAUGAGAUUUGCCCCCACAUAAUUUUAUGUAUGUCUAUGAUGUCAUGAAUAUCAUUCGUAUGUAAUGUAAAGUAUCAUUAUAGAAACAUCACAUAUUUGCUAUACCUUCCUUUCAGGUGAACCUGCUCAAAUUGACCAUCUGGUAUUUGUUGUCCAUGGCAUUGGGCCAAUUGCUGAUCUGAACUUUAGAAAUAUUAUUGAAUGUGGUGAGUACAGUAAAGCAAAACAUGUCCAUUUAUAUCAAGAGCACAACACUACAUUUUCCUAAAAAAUCUGUGUAAAAGCUUGGAUAUUUUAAGUUUUAAACUCCCUUACAUGUACAUUCUUAACAUUUGAAUUGUGUGCAAUAAUCAUUGGUACCAAGAUAGGGUUAAUUUUAUCCAUUGCUGUAUGGGCAGUGAGUCUUCAUGCCAAGUGUUUUAUCAGCUGCACCUCUUGCUCUAGAAGUGUCAUCAUAAAAUUCUUGUCUUUUGGCUUUACUGAUGAAGCAUGGCUUUUAAUUUUUCUACACAAAUAAACAGUUUUUUAAUGAGUGAAAGCAUCCCCAAAUCUUGAUGGAAUUACUAAAACUGUUUUACUUCAACACCUGAAAGGUAACUUUUAGCAGGGUUUUUAAUAACUUUUUGCAGCUGCAGAUGGUAUAACAGGCAGUUGCGCCAUAAGGCAAAACCCAAAAAUGAGAGCAUGCUUGCAGGGUAAACAGAUGUUGGUGAGAUCUUACAGGAGGCUUUCCAGUAACUGGCCUUUAUGGAAACCACUGCAUUUAAGAUGUUGCUGUUGACACUAAUGAGGCCUACUUACUUUAAACCCUUCUUUCUGGCAAUCUUAGUUGAUGAUCUGCGAAAAGUCAGCCUUCAAAUGCUCUUUGAUCAUCAUGAGGAGUUGUCCGGAGGUCAUGCCAUUGGAAGGGUGGAGUUUCUUCCUGUUCAGUGGCACUCAAAACUUCACAAUGACUCUACUGGUGUAGAUGAGUAAGUUCACUUACCCUACGAUUGGGAAUAUUGAAUAUUUAAUCAGCAAGAUGCCAAAAAAAAACAAAAUUAGCAAAACUUAACAUGGCAAAUUUUAAACUACAGUAUUUAUGAAUGCAUGUCACACAAUCUCACCCGACAGUUUUUUUACUUAUUCUAUUCUGUGUAAAAAUUUUGUUCGUUAGAAUAAAUACAGUAGAGUAACGAGAGAGCUUUCCAAUAUUUUGCUCAAUUAAGUUUUUUUUCUUACAUAUUUAUUUGAUGAUUCUAAAACUGUCUCAAUUGUUUCACAUCUGCAGAAGACUUCAGUCCAUAUCCUUAGGCAGCAUACGUCGCUUAAGAGAGUUUACAAACUCAACCCUUGUUGACAUCCUUUUUUACACAAGCCCAACAUAUUGUCAAGUAAGUUUCUUUUACAAUAUUUCCAGUGAAAAUAUCUCACAGUUGAAUGAAAGAUAUACAGUUGUAUGUGUGAGUAACUGUAAAAAACUGACAUGAUAGACAUGACAUUAAAUGAUACAAAGUUAUGUAAGUGAAAUAAGGUAUCUUUUAUUCCAUAAAUUUAUGUUGGGAAUUUGAGUUGAAAAAAAUGAUUAAAUGUGCCAUGUUCUAUAUUUGCCUUGGUGUGGUAAAGUUUGACAGACUGAUGUGAUAACUUGGCAGAAUGCUAGAUGGUGACCUGUGUGGGAGAUUAGCAAGACUUCCUGCAAGUUCUGAACUGAGUGAAACAAGAUUUCACUUAGUAUGGCCCUUUUUUAUCACUUUCUUUUGUACAGAACAUAGUCAACACAGUGGGUGAUGACAUCAAGCGAUUAUUGGAAAUCUUCAAGAAAAGGAAUCCAAUGUUUAAUGGGAAAUAUUCAGUCUGUGGACACAGCUUAGGUAAGGAUUGAGCAAAAUAUCAUCAGUGCAAUAGAUUAUGACUGAUCCUCUCUGUCAAGUUGGCAGAAAAGUAGAAAUUAUACAAAGUAAGCUGUAUAUUGAUUUCCUUGCAGGUUCAAGUAUUCUAUUUGAUAUUCUUCAACAUCAGGUAAGUGAGUUUGUUUGGUAUCUGGUUCAUUGGCUGUCAAAAUUUGUCACUAGCCUUUAGUCAGUACUCAAGACUACUGGUCCACCCAGUCGGAUCUUAUCCUGGUUUUCAUGCAGCAUGAAGCAACUAGGAAUAUUACAAAUCCCCCUGGAUGGGAUUCUGGUCCAUUGCAAGGUUUUCCCCAGCAUUUCAUCAAGGAUCUUCCUCCUGCCCGGAACACAACACAUUGACCAGGCCAGGUCUCAAACCUAGACCUCUUGAACGGGAGUCCAGCGUACUGAACAUCAGGCCCAGCGUCUCCCGUCUUUACUGGCCCUAGCACACGAGAAUUGAUUUGUUUGAACCGUUUCUGAACAGCUCUUUAGGAAGUCUUUGUUAUUUGCGAUAUGAAGUUACAACAUCAGUCCAUUUUUCUUACUUUAGAAAGACAAGCAAAAGCAAAUCCCCUUAGCAAAGCAACCUUUGAUUGAAGAAGCAAGGUAAGCAUUUUGUAUUUUUCCCAUGUAAGUUCGUAAUACCUGUGCUGAAGAUAAAGAUCAGCCGGUAACAAUAUCAUUUGAUGAGGUCAUUCUGGCAUUUUUUUCUUUUGUCAAAUUUGGAUGAAAUAUUCUUUUAAUUUUUUUUUUUCAGCGAAAUUCUCAGCACAGAUGGCCUCGCAGCCAACAGUAACGACCAAGGACAAGAUUCAGAUGAGGAUUCAGAUGAGGAAGCUGAGUCGUACCCAGCCCUUAGAGAUGCGCUAGCACAGCUUGGUAUACCUGAAUACGUCGACUUGUUUGAGUCGGAAGAGAUGGACAUGGAGACAUUUGUAAGUUGAUCAACCAAUGAAAUACUUGUCUUGUACAACCAAUGAAAUACAUAUAUGUUUGCCUGAAAUGAUAGUCGAUUCAACCUUACCUUGUCUUUGGAGUGCUUUUUAACUGAGUGUCAUAAAACUUGAACCAAAGUUAUUUAAACGGCCAAUGAGAAGAAAGGAAAAUACCCCGAAGAGCCAAUGAGAGAACUCAAGAUAAAAACAACUAAACUACCUAAAGCGCAGAAAAUGCGGGCGAACAAAUCUUGAUUGGUGUUAGUUUUGCAUCUGAUUGGUUGAGAGAGUGGCGCGAGUUUUUUGGACCAAUCACAGAGCAAACUUAAGCAAAACCAAUUACUUUUGACACUCAAUCGAAAAUUUCUCUAAAGUAUAGGGAAUAUCAAAUAAUGGUUCAUUUCUCGGUAUGUUAGUAUGUCUCAAAAGAUUAAUUCUCCGCUUCUCUUAGAUGUUAAUGCAGUAUUUUCUCUUUUCUGCUGCACUCUUUGUAUUUGUUUUAACCGCCUUUUUUACGUGUAUGGUCUCUGACUGACUCUAACAUUUCGACAUCAUGUCCGGUAAAGAACGACGUCACUUUAUCCCUUAGGCCCUUUGAGUGACCAGCAUCUAAUUUCUCCAUAGAUUGUAUCAGCACCUCAGGAAAUGUCCAGAGAACAGUAUGGAGAAUUUUCAUACUGGUGUUAGAGUGUAAAUGGUUAACAUUACUGGUUUUUAUUGGCUCAUUUUUGGUUGAUUUUCCGCAGUUGCUGUGUGGGGAGGAAGACAUCAAGGAAAUGGGAAUACCUAUGGGACCUAGAAAGAAAUUAAUAGGCUACCUGAAUAGUCAAAAAUCAAUUAUGGUGAGUUUUUACUUUACAAUGAUAACGGUUCUCGGUCAGCUAUAUGCAGCUAUCGUUGUUUGAUUUUUGAUUGCUAUGAAAGCAAAAUGUGUAUCGAAUCACAAGACCAGGAAAACGCGGAAAGAAUCGCAUGAUUAGUUUGGAUUGGAAUUCUGAUUGUUUGGGAAGGCAACAUCUUCUCGGAUGCAGAUGAAAAAGAUUUAACUGAAUCAAAGCAAAGUCAUGUCGAUGCAUUCGCUGUGACGAAGGGCUGACGUUCGAAACGUCUGCUUUGAAACCCUUUACGGUGGCCAAUUUACGUUAUCAACUCAUUUGUGAUACCAAAUUACCCUGCUAUACUCUUCCACCGACGCAGCACCACAGUUUUUUUAUAAACUUACCCGGCCUUUAUUCAUGUCUGACUUAGACUUGUAUGUGGUUGCUUCGCCAAAAUGCAUGAAUUGGAGACUUGUGAAAAGCCAACAGCGAAACAAAGAAAUUUCUUGAACAUCGACUAAAGGUUUUCUGUCUCAACUUCAGCAAAAGAAAAUGUAAGCACUUUUUACAUUAUUUGAAAAGCGCCUUAACUUUCCUCAAUUCUGCAGGAAAAAAGAAAACUGGAGAGAGAGGAGAAUAAAAAAGCAAGAGCAGAAGCGAGAGCGAAAGCAAAAUCCGAACGUAAAAAGUUAAAAGAAGUUUCCAAGGAACGGACAAGUUCCGCGGCGGAGAAGGCAUCAUCCUUUGCUGUGUCUAGACCAGACAUUGCAACAAGCAAGUCUCUAUCUGUUGCUUCUGUAUCCAGUGUGGAAGUUGUUUAUCAACAAGGACUCGCGGGAACAGGACAGCCUUUCGUAGAAUAUCCACAACUGGAUUUAGAAUUUUAUGCGUUGUUCGCGUUGGGUUCUCCCAUAGGAAUGUUUUUGACAGUGAGGUGAGAAAGGUCCUCUACCGUAGGUAACCUGCGAGGAAGCUCUCAUUACUCAUUAUUUAGAGCUGCAGGACGCACGAUUCUCCGCUUGCGCAAAGAUUUGAGACGAGUCGGGGAGAGGUUUGCCGCGGGUCUGGUUCUAAUAAUCAUCAGUGCCAGACCCCUUGCAGACCUCUCACCGGCUCGCGUUCCUCAAGGCAUCAUACCUUCCCGUAGGCUUUCUUCGUGCCGAAGUGCUGAUAAUGAGGGCCUGCUCCAAGGCUACCGCCGCCUAUUUCAACUACUGUCACCACGUUUAUUCAAAAUAAAUUUUAUCUCUGUAAGCAGAGGAAUAGUACAUCCCAGAAAAUCGUCACGUCACCCGCUGCUCUUUUCCCAGAGGGAAAUACUUUUAGUUUUCAUCGACACAAGGGAUCGCCAACAGUGCAAAUUCAUAAGCCCCACAGACCUCUCGCGGAAAAAUGAGGCUAACGAGUAUCAGCGUUUAUGUACCAAGCUGUGAUUGCUCUAAUUUGUUUUUUAAAUUCACCUUCAAUAAAUUGUUACAUUUGAUUUUAUAGACCGUCAGGACAGAUUAUCGAUAACACUAAUGAUAAACUGAUGAUAUCAUCAGCACAGCUGUUAUUUCUAAAUUGACGAAUUGAUUCUCCUACAGAGGUGUGGAUGAAAUCGGCCAGGACUUUCAGCUGCCCACAUGUCCACGUCUCUUCAACAUUUUUCAUCCGUUUGAUCCUGUGGUAAGCUCAACGAAUUGUAAUUCAUCUCUCUUGGUAGAGCAGUUUUCAAUUGAGUGUCAAAAAUUUAAAACCAAAGUAAUCACAGCGACCAAUCAGAUUAAAGGUGAAAGUCGUCGAAAGCCAAUGAGAACUCGGCGUGAAAUUAGACAGAGUGCCUUGAAGCGCGGAAAAAUGCAAGCGACUUAAUCGCUGUUGGUUUUGGGUUUGCUUCCAAUUGUUUGAGAGGUUGGCACUAGUUUUUAGACUUUUUGGAGAGCGAAGUUUAGCAAAACCAAAUCCAUCCCGCAUUACUCAAGAGAAUUGCUGCGUCAAUCGCAUUCCUUUAGACUCUCUAGAAGGUACAGGUAAUUACUGGUCCUCAUUAUUGGCGCUUAGGUACUAGUACUCAAGCCUGAAGCAACGCAAGCCGGCAAGAGGUCUGCAAAAAGUCUGACACUGACAGUAGUGCCAGACUCCUGGCUAACCUCUCCCCGACUCGUCUCAUAUCUUUCGGCGGGCGGAAAAACGCUUACCUGCAGCGCUUAUAAUGGGGACUAUCUCGCACGCUAUGCGGGCCUAACCACUUAACCAACAUUUCUCCAUUGCAGGCAUACCGAAUCGAACCUUUAGUGAAUCCUUCUGUUCGAGCCGACCCUGUUUUGAUGCCACACCACAAGGGAAGGAAACGAAUGCAUCUGGGUAAUGUUACUCUUCUUUGCUUUCUUUUCGGAAAACCGUAGAAAAAAUCUCUAACAACAUCUAACAAUCUUUAUUUUGUCAAUUUGGCGGGCAGAUAGCUAAAUGCUAAUCUUGGUGGGCUAGUCUAUAAAAGAGAGACACCUAAAUAACAGUCAUUGAUAAUUUUAGUUAUUUAAAAAUAGUCGGGUAAAAAAUCACUAUUAUUAUAAAUGAUGAAAUAAUAAAAAGGGAGAACGACUCAGUGGAAGACAACUGAAGAUAGAAAGUGUUAUCUAUUACUCAAAAAAAAUGAACUUUUGGAGUGAUCUCGUGUAUUUCAUGAGAGAAAUUUUGUUUGGUAAUUUUGAUAAGCUACACGGGAGUUUAGCACACAGCUUAACUGCAGUUUUUUUUUCCAAUUUUUUUAGAACUCCGCGAGAAUCUAUCACGACUGGGCGCUAAUCUAAAGCAGAGUCUCAUUGAUUCUGCACGUAAAACGUGGGAAUCACUCAAUGAAUUUGCACGAGCUCACUCAUCUCAAGGCCCUGACGAACAAGACUCUGUUGUGGAGGAAGCUACUGAAGUCACAGGUGAGCGGUUAUGUAAUCGAUAAGUGUCAAGAGGAUAUGCAGUGAUUUACUGUUGUUGGGGGUUUAGCUGCGUGCGUUUUCUUCCCAAUAUAAAGCUAAUUGAGAAUUUGUCUCAAUGAUUAUUUUGAUGUUAUUAACCACUCAAAAUAAGGUCUAAAGUUUGAGACACAAUUUUCAGCAAACACUUUAGAGCAGUAUCUUCUUCGGGGCUAUUUGUCAACUCCAUUUUCUGAUGGUGUCUUUUUCGCAUUAUUUAUACUUGUUAUUGGUUCUUAUAGCUUUCUGUUGGACUCAAUAUGUUACUGGUUUUUUAAUAUCCUAAGAAUUAAAAUCCAAACUUAUUGCAAUUUUCUUUUUUAUGUCUCCUUCAGAGUCUCUUCCCGAUCACCCAGGACAAGUGGUCGAAGUAGGACGACUAAACGGUGGUCAGCGGAUAGAUUACGUACUUCAAGAGAAACCAAUAGAAAGUCUGAAUGAAUAUCUGUUCGCACUUGGCAGUCACGUGUGUUACUGGUGAGUCAUGUUAGCUCCUUCGUUUUUAGGCUUGCUGGAAUGAAAAUAAGCGAAUUAAAUGUUCUUUCGUAGUUUGAAUUGUUCUGUUUCUGGCCUUUUCUUAUGAUGUUCCUUCUAUAAAUGUUUUUUAGUUUAGCAACGGAAGUUUGUAAAAACAGCUUUUAAAAAGGCGAGUUUUUCCUUCAGAUUGUUUCUCAAGGGAGGUUCAAGCCUCAAAUCUUAAGCCUCAGUUCCAUGCACUAGGCCUAGUCUCCCUGGCUCCCUGCCAAACAUAUCGAACGUUGGUCAUCUCCUUGACUCUUCCGAUUCUUCCCCGGUACACACCGACGGAAAAAGAGAGACAGGACGUGGAAACGAUUUAACAAGUAAAUGAUGAUAUUUUUUUGUUUCUCACAGGUUGUCAGAGGAUACAGCUCUUUUUAUGUUAAAAGAAAUCUAUAGAAAUUAAUAACAAGAUGACAUUUAGCUGAUGGAGACUGAAAGAUCUUGUUUUGUCAACCAUGCUACUGAACGAGGGAUGAUUUAGGACGUGCUUGGAGAUACCAAACACAUCACAUGUGAAGUUGCUAUGAUCGCAGAUUUCAACAGCUUAGUCAAUGCCCAUUAAACUCUUUGAAAAGUAAUUUCAAAUUUUGACUUAAAUCGUCGAUGUUUACUUCCGCCAAGAUACUUACGGGCGUAAAAUGCGUACCUCUACUAUAAACAUUCAUUACUUCUGAACUCAAGAAUAUUCAAGGAACAUUUAUGGCGGGUGAAUUGUCUCAAAGGAAAACGUACGCAAGAACAAAGAAGAACGUCAGUCAUCGGUAAAACCCCCCUGGCCGGUUUGUAUGUACACUGUAGGCUGGUUUCAAGCAAAAGUGGAAGUACUUCGCGGGGGAUUUUCAUCUGUACAAAAAUUUAUGAGACACAAAUUAAUGUUUAAUAGAAUAUGCUUUCAAAUUAUUUUUCGGAAAAUGUCGGUGAUCCUGGUCAAUAAAAAUUCAGAAAAAAAAAAUGUAGAUUAUUUGAAUUUGUAGAAUAAGCUGAAUCAUACAUUUUGAUUGGUUCGUCCCAUUGGAGGGAAGGCGCAAAAAUGACAACACUAUCAACAAUCAGUGACACACUCGGCUGUACCACGUGUGCCACUUUCUUGUUCUUACCACGUUUUGACGUCAUCUGU